AAAGUUUUUUCAGAGGAAAAUGCAGGGUUUGUCCUUCACCCUGACGUCAGAACUUGCUUUAAUAAAACCCCCCAAGGGCUGCGGAAGAGGCAUAUCUGGUGCUCCUGAUGGGCCGGCCAGUCUGGGUCCAGCUCCCCCGAGAGGUGGUCGGAUCCUCUGCUGCUCGGUCGAUGCCUGUGCCACUGACGUCCAGGCAUGAGGUGGUUCCUGCCCUGGACGCUGGCAGCAGUGACAGCAGCAGCCGCCAGCAGCGUCCUGGCCACGGCCUUCUCUCCAACCCUCACGACCAUGGACUUUACCCCAGCUCCACCGGAGGACACCUCCUCACGCCCACAAUUCUGCAAGUGGCCAUGUGAGUGCCCACCAUCCCCACCCCGCUGCCCGCUGGGGGUCAGCCUCAUCACAGACGGCUGUGAAUGCUGUAAGAUGUGUGCUCAGCAGCUUGGGGACAACUGCACGGAGGCUGCCAUCUGUGACCCCCACCGGGGCCUCUACUGUGACUACAGUGGGGACCGCCCGAGGUACGCAAUAGGAGUGUGUGCACAGGUGGUCGGUGUGGGCUGCGUCCUGGACGGGGUGCGCUACAGCAACGGCCAGUCCUUCCAGCCUAACUGCAAGUACAACUGCACGUGCAUCGACGGCGCGGUGGGCUGCACACCGCUCUGCCUCCGCGCGCGCCCCCCGCGCCUCUGGUGCCCCCACCCGCGGCGGGUGAACAUACCCGGCCACUGCUGUGAGCAGUGGGUGUGCGAGGACGACGCCAGGAGGCCGCGCAAGACCGCGCCCCGUGACACAGGAGCCAUCGACGCUGCGGGUGAGGUGGAGCCAUGGCACAGGAAUUGCAUAGCCUACACAAGCUCCUGGAGCCCUUGUUCCACCAGCUGCGGCCUGGGGAUCUCCACUCGGAUUUCCAAUGUUAACGCCCAGUGCUGGCCCGAGCAAGAGAGCCGCCUCUGCAACCUGCGGCCAUGCGAUCUGGACCUCCGUACGCUCGUUAAGGCAGGGAAGAAGUGUCUGGCUGUGUACCAGCCAGAGGCACCCACGAACUUCACCUUGGCGGGCUGUGUCAGCACACGCUCCUAUCGACCCAAGUACUGCGGGGCUUGCACGGACAACAGGUGCUGCAUCCCCUACAAGUCCAAGACCAUCAGCGUGUCCUUCCAGUGUCCUGAUGGGCUUGGCUUUUCCCGCCAGGUCCUAUGGAUUAAUGCCUGCUUCUGCAACCUGACCUGUAGGAAUCCCAAUGACAUCUUUGCUGACUUGGAAUCCUACCCUGACUUCUCAGAAAUUGCCAACUAGGUGGGCACAAAGCUUGGGUCGUGGGGGCUGGCCCAACGCCUGCAAAGCAGUCAGCCAUUGGGGCAAUAACUUCUCAGCAUUGAGCCUUGCUCUGUCAAUUUCCCACUCAUUCCUAGUUACCUUGAUCUGGACCCUUGGCCUCCUUUUCUGUCUCUAACCACCCAAAUGACCCAUGAUGGGGCUGCUAGGCCCAUACUAUGAGUUUUCUCCCUGGCAAUAUUAAGCAUCUACUCUAAAGAAAAACGCCUGUUGCUAGCUGUUCUGGACUACAUCCAGGCCUGAUCCAGCCUUUCCAAAUCACAAGAAGUCCUGCUGGAUCUUGCCUAACUCCCAAGAAAUGGAAUCGGUAGACUUCCAAUAUCACUGAUUUCUUCUUUAGAUGCCAUAUCACAAGACUCUCUGGGCCCAUUCAGAUGGAUAGAUGGGAUUUAGAACAAUAGAAUCAUCUAUUAUUUGGAGACUGCCACGUGGUGCUGUAAUGGGUAAUUCUGCCCUCAGCAAACCCAAACUAUCCGGAUUCCAAAUAUGUGUGCACCCCAAGAUCAUCAAACAUUUGCCAAGUGAGGUGAACAGUUGUUUGGUUUUGAUUUUUAACAGAAAGUUGUAUCCAUUAACAUGAGUACUGUUGAGGUUAACUUUCUCUUCGCCCCUACGCUAUGAGAGGUACAGAUUAGGUUUAUCCCAGUCAGAAAUAAAAUUUGAUAAACAUUCUUAUUGGUGGGAAAAGUCACCAGUUAAUACUUCAGAGACAGGGCAAGGUCAGCCCAUGUCAGGAGGACUGAUUGACCCUCACGCUGAAUCAGCGGCUGACUGGCAGGGCUUUGGGCAGCCGGCCGGGCUCUUCCUUGAAUCUUCUCUCGUGUUCUGCUUGGGGCUCAUAAAAAUUGCUAGGGCCUCUGAACUGGCCUGUCUGGCCCCUGAGAGUGGUGCCCUGAAGCAUUCUUCUACUCUUACAGAGCCUUGGGAAGCCCAGCUGCAGACCAUGCCAGACCCACUGAAAUGACCAAGACAAGUUCAAGUUGGGGUGUGGGUCAAACUAAGAAGUGAGUCUACUUGGUAGCAGCCUGGGUGGCCUCCAGAGCUGGAGGCUAUGGGACUCCAGUGGUCCCCGUGCUCAGGACACAUCUAUUACAGAGACUCAUUUCACAGCCUUCGGUUCUGCUGACCAAAUGGCCGGUUUUCUGGUAUGAAGACAGAGGUUUACCAGUUGUUUAGAAACAGAAAUAGACUGAACAAGGGUUUAAAGCUGGUUAGGUUGAAGCUAAAAGGCAAAGGCUAUUGUUAAUGGAAAUCAGGCUAUUAUUUAUUUUGUUAGUAAAAUAUAAUAUUUACUAUUAUAACUCUUUUAUUUAGGAUCUUUUCUGUGCCAUUGUUCUCAGUGCUUUGUGUAUAUUAGCUCACUGAAUCUUCACAACAAUGUUGAGAAGUUCCCAUUAUUAUUGCUGUUUUUACAAAUGUGAAACGGAAGCUCAGAGAGGCGAGAAGGCUUGCCCAGAGUCACCCAGUUGGUGAGUGGGAAAGUUAGUAUUCAGAUAGAAAUUGGACUGUCUUUAUAACCCAUAUUUCGCCCCCUUUUUAAAAGAGUUUCCAAAUGUGUCAGAAUAGGAACACAUCUUGGAAUAAAUGGCUUGAUUUUUCAUUGCCAUUUUUUCCUCUUAUUGUCUUUCCAGCUCCUUUCCAAAAGAUAAGAGUAUCUGAUUUUCUGACAAUUUAGGUGCUUAGGCAUCCAAACAUAUGGAACAGAUAAAAAUCCACGAAUCCUCUAUAGCUUAUCUCCUCUUUCCAAUCAGAACCAGUUCUCAUCACACAUUUAAAUGAUGAUUCUGUUUACCCAAUGCUGCAUGUUGAAUGUUGUGUAAUUAUUCACAGGGAAUUAUGUGCAGUGUGCAGAGAGAUUCCUAAACAGGAAAAGGACUGGGAAUACGUUCUCCUUACUGUGACCUCUGCAAAGCCUAGUCCAGUGCAAGAUAUACAGUGGUGCUCAUUAAAUACUUGAUGAAUACAGGAAGCCAUGCAUGUGUUCCUACUUUUAUUCAGAAGCUCUCUUCUUCCAAAGCUAAAUGAAAAUGUAAUUUUAGUAGUCAAAAUUUUCUAUUAAGUGCCAUAGCAAAAAAGACAUUUAAUAUUUUAAAGAAAUGUGUAUGUAUAUAUAUAUAUAUAUAUAUAUAUAUAUACAUAUAUUUGUCUAUACAUAUGCAAGAAUUCUUGUAUAAAGAGAAUUCACCCCAUGAAUGAUCUCUUCUGUAAGUCAGUGUGGAUCAUAUUAGAUUUUCUUAGAGUGAAAACACCUACUGUCUACAAAUUACAAGGCUAGAUGACAGCUCACUCCAUUUGAAAUUCAGUGGAAAUGCAAAAGCUAGGUUCUGACUGAAUUUUCAUCUCAAUUUGGGAAACUGAAAUUAGCUUUCAAAGAUCAUAGGAAGCCUGGUUGGAGAAACUAGGGAUUAUUCUUGGCAAUGGGUAGGAGAAGGUGGCCAGAGUCACUCAGGCACCACUAGUUUUGAGAAAUGGAAAUAUCUUAUGCAGAGCCCAGAGGCCAAGUCUCAGACUCAUGGGUUGAAGCCAUGGAGAAGGAAAUUUGGAUCCAAUUUAACGAAGUCCUAGAAAGAACAGUCAGAAUUUCCCUGCAAUGGUGUGGCCUGAUUCAAUAAAAAUUUAUAAUAAUAAAUAUAAUAGAAAAAUCUUCAUUGAUUGUUUAUUUGGUGCCAAGCACUAUGCAAAGUUCUUCAUUACCUUAUUUAAUUAUGACAGAAAUUUUGAGUAUGUGUCUCUUCACCAUUUUAUAAAUGGUGACUUUUAAAUCUGAGACUCAGAUGUUCCAAAAAGUCAGCCACCAAAAAGUUAGAGCCCAAACAUUAGCUUGUUCUACCAGCCCCUGCUCUUUCAGAGGCCUCUAGAAAAGACCUGAAUGCCUCCUAUUGGAGAAUCACAUCUACAAGGGCUUCAGAUAGACCAAGUAGAUCAUCACCUCUCUGGUCCCUUGUUAACUAUAUGUUCUGAGACAGAGGCAAGGUACACUAAGGGUUAUCCUUUGCUGAGGAAAUUUACAUGAGUACUUAGAGUGAAUUAUGCAGGUGUGCUUAGGUGUGGGAAAGGGAGGGAGACCUGAAUUCACCAACGUAAAUUGUGCUAAACCUUAUUAUAAACAUUUGACAAAUUCUUAGCUCACACCAAGCCUUGUGGAAGGUGCUUUUCUGCCAUAUCUCAUUUAAUCCUUACAGCAAACCUAAAGAACAUGGCAUAUCAUCUGAGUCUCAGAAGUUUAGUAGUUUCCUCAAGGUCUUACCAGCCAGUGAACAGCAGACCCAGACUGGAAACUCAGGAUGGUCUGAAACCUGAGCCGUCUCUUCUGGUAAUAUGCCUGUUCUGUCCUCCAAAUCAAAAGGCAUGAUUUUAUAGGAGGCAUUAUACUGACAAUAGCUGUGAUUUUAACUUUGAAAAUGAUUCAGAGAGUGAUCAAAGAAAGUGGAUUCAAAUGAUAUGAUUAUCUAUAAUCUUGCUAGCUUUGUACUGUGUGUCCACAGAAAUUACGGGGAAGUGAUUCAACUCCAAUUAUGUUGAACUAUGUCACUGCUUUUUACAAACUUGUCUUGAUGCAAAGCAGCCACAGUGAUAACCCUGCAUAUCUGGAAAUCCUAACAGUCAACUAUGUAUCUCUGCGUGUGUAUAUAUAUAUAUAUAUAUGUAUGUAUGUAUCUGUUUUCAAACUGUGAUUUCAUAUUUAAAUAUUCCUACUGCCAUUUUUGUAACUAAAAAAACUACACAUGAGGAAAUGUCUUAGAAUUUUCCAAUAGAAGAAAAAUAACACUUGGGUAAUCUGUCAUGUUUUACAAUAGUCUUCAUUUUUCUCAUGAUUUGUGUAGCGUGGAACGUGUUUGCUUAGUAUGAAGGGUUCUCAUUGCUCAGUUUCUCUGUUUUAAGAUUUUUCUCCUUAAGGUAAUAAACCAUCAGCAAAGUCACUUACUGGAUUCAGUGGCUUCUCUUGUACAUGCAGCUGUUAUGAGGCAAUGAUGGAGCAUCGAGCACGUUCAAUAAAUGUGCAGAUGGUGGAAA